AUGGGAAACACCCUCGGCGUUGGCGUAGGUGUCGGCAUCGGCCUCGGCCUUACCGUCGGCUACGCCGCCCUGAUCCAGGCUGCUGGACCAAAAAUUGGCGACGAAGUGGUGGCUUCUCAGUAUCAAUACAACACUGAGGACAUCGACGAGUAUUCUGCCGAGAGGCUGCGCGACGCGAUAAGCUAUGCGAAGGACAACGCGAUGCUGAUCCAGGUGCCGGUGUUAGGAACAACGAAGACAUUCUGGCGAUUAUCUGACGAAGCCACUAGGAUUAGCAGAAAACUUGCAUUGAUACUGAGGAGCCAGCACUCGGUCUGCAAGUACCUCACUGCUCCUCUGCAGGUGUCCAACGUCUGGAUUGGGAGCACUGGGAAUGUCAAGAUAAGGGGGGUCAGAUUCACUGGUGAAGGCUUCUUCAGGAUUGAGCGUGUGAGAGAUGACUACAAGCACCUUUCCAGGGUCCUGGAGCUGUUGAUUAUGAUCUCGGGUGGGGAUAUCAACAAAUUGCCUCCGGACUACAAGGAUUUCCUCUUGCUCUUGAGGAGAAACAACCUUACAAGGAACGAUGAAUUCUUGAUUGUAAACAAUGCUGCCCUGCUGCCCAUGAAAAACCGCACUGAGGUCUUCCUGAUGCUACGCGAUAGAAUUGUCAAUUACCUUGGUCAGAACAACCAAGCAAAGAAGAGGAGAAUACUGUACAAUCUCCCCUACAAGAACGACUGGUUGGAUACUGCCAUGGCAAAUGCAAAGAUCAACCAGUGGGUUGUAAAUGUUACACACGAGUACAGAAGGAGCACAAUCGGUCUACUGCGUCUCAACAGAAAUGUAAGAAGCCACUUGCAUGAGUACGGCCAUGAUGACGAUAUUGAGGAAAUUCUGUAUUGUGAAUGGCCCAUGCUGCUCAUCGCCAUGGAGAAUCAAUUACACUUGGAAGGUGAGCUCCAAGACACUGACAUCGAAAACAAGUUCGGCUAG